AUGGCCAAGUUCGUAGCUGACAAUCCUAACAUUUUCGAAGAACUAGGGAGGUAUUUCAAGAGGCAGGGGAAGGAAAAAGCCGAAUCCUCCAAGAGGAGAUCGACGAAAUCCCCUGAAAUACCUUCCGGUGAGGACUCCGAUGAGGGGCACCUCUCUCGGAGCACUUCCAGGCCCGCCUCUUCCAAGGCGACCUCUAAAAUUGCCUCUAUUUCCCGGGCGUUUUCCCGGGGUCUACUGGGAAAACGAGCUGAGGACCCACCUCGGCGCUCCGGAGGCUUAGCAGCCGACUACAUGAGGGUUCCGCCCUUUACUGAUGACAUCAAUGGGGAAAUGGUUCCCCCAAAUUUUGAACUCCCAGUUUUGCAUUCCUAUGAUGGCCGAGGUGACCCCGAGGAUCACCUCCGAGCCUUCAUCUCUGCAUUCCGACUCUACUGCGUCCCCGACGUCGUGAUUUGUCGAGUUUUUCCCAUUUUUCUACAAGGGACAGCCCGAAAAUGGUUCUGGGGAUUAGAACCGAGGAGCAUUUCCUCACUGGACGAGCUGAUAGAUCGGUUCAUCCACCGCCUCGUAUCGUCUCAACUAAUUACGAAAACUUCAACUUACCUCUUGAAUCUACAGCAGGCUCCCGGCGAAUCACUGCGCUCGUAUGUGCAGAGGUUCAAUGAGGAGAAUGUGCAGAUACCUUAUCAGAAUGAGCAGGUAACCAUAGCUGCCUUCACCAACGAAUUGAUUGCGGGAAUCUUCAAUACCGAGAUACAUCGGGAUUACCCCCGCACACUUCGGGAACUCUGGGAACGAGUAGACCAAGGAAUCCGAAAUGAGAACCUAAAUUGCAUGAAGCGAGAAGCUCAAACCGCUCAUACUGGGCAAGAGUCCCGGAGGAAAAAAGACACCGGCCAAGUCGAACAGGGCCCCAGUGGCUCAUCGAAUCAAUUCCGAGAUCGCCGGAGUAAUCACCUCGGCCGAGCCCCUCCUGAAAUUCUGGGGAGGAGGGAUAAGAGGAAUUCCAGCCUCUAUUGUGCCUAUCACCGAGAUGUUGGGCACGAGACCGAGGACUGCAACGAUCUGAAGCGAGAGAUCGAGAACCUGAUCCAACAAGGAUACCUGAAACAAUUCGUUCGCAAGGAUGGAGGCUUCAACCGAAGCGUCUCCCAUCGGGAUAACCGGGGCCCCCGCCGAGAAGACAGGCUGGACACAAAGAAUUAUUGCCGAAAUCCUGAGGACCCAAGGGAGGACCAGCGGCCUCCGCGCGACGGAUCACCAGGCUACGGCCCUAACAUCGCCGGGGUGAUCAACACGAUUGCAGGUGGCCCGACCGGAGGAGACAGCCAGAACUCCCGAAAAUGGACCUAUCGCUAA